GACGCCGUCGUCUGCGCAGUCACCUGUACGGCCGCUGCUCAACGUAACUAAACUGUAAUAAAGUACCACGUUGUCUCAUAGGUGGUGAUGUAGCGUCAGAAAACUGUGUAAACUCGGUUCAUUUCUCACCUGAGGAAGGAGGAAGAGGACGACUGCGGCUCAUGGCUGUGAUUUUAGUCGCUUUCAUAUUGGCGUGCAUUGAAUGGGACAAGACUUUCCUCGCUACCGCUCAGACCUGUGUGGAUGAGAGCAGGUUUAAAGAGCAGGUGCUCUAUGUGGGGCAACAGGGGCCUCCCUAUCGGCUGAACUGCCCUCUGGAGCCCCAGCUCGCGCUCACCUGGCAGAAGGACUGUCAGCAGCUCCUCACACAGGAAGGGAAAGCCUACGUGGAGUUUGCCAGCCUCAGCUCGGAAGACCAAGGGAAUUACACCUGUAUGCAACAGGGCAACAGCACAGCCUCGUUCACUGUGCGUCUCAUAGUUAAAGAGUCCCAGUGCUCCAAAGCCCCAGACUUUAAACCUCAUGGAGGCCUGACCAGACUCUGGAGCAAUGUUGGAUCUACUGAGAUACUGAACUGCACUGCUCUCCUCCUCUGGGAGCCAGGAGAGGAGCACUGUGACACCACGCUGCAGUGGAGUAAAGAUGGCCAACCUCUCACCAAUCACACACUUUACAUGCAGAAUAUCUCCUCAUGGUCUCCUGUUGCCGGCCAGCUGAUGGUAAACAGUCUACUGGUGAUCACCCUCAGGGAGCUGGAUGAUUUUGGGCUUUACAGCUGCGCAGUGAGGAACAUUUCCUCUGACUUCAGCCUUCAAAAUUCAAGCGGCCCCAGCCACACAGGUGCUGUUAUUGCCGCCAUUGUCCUCCUCCUGAUCCUGACUGUGGCUGCUGUUGUGUACUCCAGGUGUCACCUAAACAUCAAACUCUGGUACAGGAACUCCUACGGAGACUAUGAGCUCAAUGAUGGCAAAUUAUAUGAUGCCUAUAUCUCCUAUGUGAACAAUGACCAUGACAGGAAGUUUGUUAACUUUAUUCUCAAACCUCAUCUGGAGAAUAAAAAUACGUACAAGGUGCACCUCAAUGACAACGAUAUUCUACCUGGCUCAGAACCUUCUGCAGAGCUGCUAAUGAACAUGAGUCGCUCUCGGCGUCUGAUUGUGGUGCUCUCUUACGCGUACCUUGAGCAGGACUGGUGCUCCAAUAACUUCAGACAGGGCCUUCUGCACUUGUUGGAGUUAUGUCAGCGUCCCAUUCUCAUAAUGUUGGAGGGUCAGUCCAAACGCAUGAGGCCUGAGAUCAAGCAGCUGCUCAGUGAGCACCAGCACCGCCUCACCGUACUCACCUGGAGGUACAACUCUGUGACUCCCUCCUCAGUCUUCUGGAAGGAGCUGUCCUUAGCGAUGCCUCGCAGAGUCUUCUUCCACAGUGAGUCUGCAGGCGACCCUCAGACUGUGCUACAAGAUGACAAGGACCCCAUGCUGACCGUCGACCCUGACUACCUGGACUGCCGCUCAGACACUGACCCUGCUGGAGAUCUGGGGCUUCGCCUCCCUGUGUACAAAGCUCUGGCCUGUAAAGCUCCCGUCCUCCCCGUUGCUCCUAUCACUGUGGCUGAGCCUAAGCCCUCAGACAUCGACGUGUCGGACCUGGGAUCACGCAACUACGGAGCACGUUCUGACUUCUACUGCCUUGUCACUGAGGAGGACCUUUGAUCCACAGUCCCUCACUUCUGUUGAAAAGGAACGCCUACAUGGAGAUCCUCAUUAGCUUUGAUUUAUAUUUAUCCAUGUCAAUAUGGUAAAUUGUUAUGUUUAUUUUCUGUAGUGUGUGAUGUUAAAAUCAAAGUGUUACCUCUUUCUGUUUCCACUUAACCAAAGACCUAUUUGUUACUGUUGUGUAAAAUAUUUUAUUAUAUAUUGUACAAGAAAUUAUCUGAAAUAUUUGUGUCAAUCAGGGAAAUGAGUAGCUUACUGUACAUACUGUAUAGAGUUUAUUAUUGAUUGUCAUUUCACAGCCAAGAUCUCCAAUUAAGUCCCCAGCAGAGGGCAGAGUAAUGUCAGAAAAGAUGCAGGAAUUCUGCUUUUUAAGCAGUUUGGACUUACUUGACAGCUGACAGUAAAAGGGGGGUUGGGAAAGACAGAGAAGAUACAUGUGACAGAGGUCUAAAGUCAGAUUUGAAGCCAGAACACUGAUAUCUGUUGGCACACCAGUCAGCUGAAGCAGGAUGACACUUAUGACUGAAGUACUCACAGACAUUUCUGUACAGUUUUUUGUGUGUGAUGUAAACCGACUGAUAACAACAGGGCUGUCUAAUAAAGCAA